AUGGAGGAGGGAAUGGUUGGUGCCGGAGAGGUUGGGCCGGGAGCUAGAUACGCAAAAGCAAUUCGACAGGAAAGUGAAGCGGAAUAUAAGCUGCGACGGUCUGACUCUGAUAGUCCCCGGUCCCCAGCUAUUCGCUCUACUGCGUCUUCCGUGGCAAAGCCCCCUGGCGCUCAAAUACGGCGACGGGCGACAGGUAAUCAGGCUGCCAGACCCAACUCUUCUCGGGCUGCUGGUGCAGGAGGGUCUUCAAACACAAUGUUGAAGUUAUAUACGGAUGAUUCACCUGGGUUACGAGUUGACCCCUUCAUCGUUCUCGUCCUAUCUCUUGUUUUUAUUGGUUCCAUCUUCUUUCUCCACAUUUCGGCCAAGGUUAUACGCAUGUUCACAAAGUAA